UAUAGUAUCUAGGAUACCGCCCGAAUCAUUUUUAAACAAACAGGGCUAGCCUGGGCACCGGCAGUAAAAAAAUCACUUCUACGUAAAUAUCACCAUAACCGAAUGACAUAUGUAUGUUUGUUGUGUACCCGUAGAUCAAUCAGGGAGCGGAUGCAUUUAUAGCCACCCUCGCUGCCGCUGUUUCUGCAAUGGAAGUAAACAGGGACGAGGCGGAGCGCUGCAUUGACAUUGCAGCCGCAGCUUUCAAGAGUCACCAGCAAGAAAAGGCGUUGAGGUUCUUGGAGAAGGCGCAGAGACUCUUCCCAACAGAGAAAGCUCAAGCACUGCUGGACCUAAUAGCAAAGAAUGGGUUCACUCCCAGAAAUGGGGGCUACUCGGACUUCAGCGGCGUUUCAGGGCCUCGACAGCGACAGACCCCAUGUGAUGCCACCAAACCGGAAGAAAACCCUUCGGACACCUCAAAAUCUUACACGAUGGAGCAGCUGGAGGCUGUGAAAAGAGUAAAACAAUGCAAAGACUUCUAUGAAAUCCUCGGGGUCCAGAAAGAUUUCUCUGAGGACGAGCUCAAGAGAUCGUACAGAAAACUGGCUCUGAAAUUCCAUCCUGACAAGAAUCACGCUCCGGGGGCGACAGAGGCAUUUAAAGCUAUCGGUAAUGCCUAUGCAGUUCUGAGUAAUGCAAACAAAAGAAGACAGUAUGAUCAGUGGGGAGAAGAGGGAAGACAUCCUUCAAGUAGCGGCCCGGAAAAUGGAAAUUUUGAGCCAGAUAUCUCACCUGAGGACCUCUUCAACAUGUUUUUUGGGGGAGGUUAUCCACCAAGUAAUGCUCAUGUUUACACCAGUGGGCGAAUGCGUAACCAGAGGCGGGAGAGAAGAGAGCGUCCAAGAGAUGGAGGCCUGGCUGUCUUCGUGCAGGUCAUGCCCAUCCUCAUCCUGGUGAUUGUUUCAGCUCUCAGUCAGAUAAUGGUCAACAGCCCCUCCUACAGUCUGAGCUUCAGGCCGUCAGCGGGAUACACGCAGAAGAGGCUGACUGAGAAGCUGAAGGUGCCAUAUUACGUGGGGGAGCAGUUCUCGAAAGAGCUCACUGGUGUGAAUCUGAAAAAUCUGGAGCGAAGCGUGGAGGAUGACUACAUUUCAAACCUCCGCAACAACUGCUGGAAGGAGAAACAGCAAAAGGAAGGAAUGCUCUACAGAGCUCGCUAUUUUGGAGACAGUGAGCUGUACCAGAGAGCACAGAGGGCUCGAACGCCAAGCUGCGCCAAGCUCUCAGAGAUUACAGCCUCCUUACAUUAAAACAUUACUUAACCUUACAGUAAUCUUCCAGAAUAGAUUAAAAUAAAGAUGGAACCCUGAGUGUGUUGGAUGUGACUCAUUGCUGCAAGCUGAAAAAGCAUGGAGGCGAGAAAAAAAAAAAAAGCAAGACAAUAGCUCAGUCAGCACAAACUGUGUCGGUAGCCUGACUAAGGCUGGCAACUAGACACAUGGUAGUGUGCACGUUCGCACUUUUGAGAUUGAGACGCGCAGCCCAUCCCCAGGAGCAGUACGUGCAGCAUCACAUUCUUUCUCUAUAAAUAAGUUCAGCUGUUUUUGGCAGAUGUUGUAACUUUACUCUCUGACUUGUUUUCCUUAAGACAUGAAUUUGUUUCAGCGUCAGGUUUUGCUCAUACUUGUGUCAGCUGGUUUAAAGUGUGAGUACAAAUCAUAAGAAAAAUCGGAUCUCUGCACCUAAAAACCUCUUAAAAACUAAAUGACAUUGGCUCUAUUAUGCUGACUUAGUUUGAGGCUCCUUGUUACCUUCAACAAGUGUCACGGCAGAUAAAUACAACAUUUUUCUGAGAGAUCAAAAAUGGGAAGGCAUUUUUAUUCUAAGUGGGGUUGGCUGUACGAAGAUGACAUUACUCCUCUCCCUAGCAGAUAAAACCUUAACUUAUACCAAAACAAGCAAAGUCUUCAGGGCAGCGAGAGCUUCUUUGUGAUUGUCCAGCUCACAGCUUUGCACUAUGUCCUUGCCGUCCUGGAUCACCACUGAAGACAUAAGCUGGAGGUUGUGGGGAAUGAGGUUUGAUUCAACAAAUUAACAACUCAGCAACAAUAUAUUGCUGCAUCUAAUGUAAAUAAUUUAGAUUCAUUACACAGUGGUGACUUGACAGUCGUACAGCAGAUAUUGACACCCUCUACAAGGAGAGUAAGAUAAAAAAAAAAAAAGGCCAAUGCUAAUAAAGGUGGAUGUUGACUGAGUACUAUAUUCAAGCAUAUUUUGAAAAGUUGUGCAAAAGCAACAGUGAAAAUCACAGCUUUAAGAAGAUUAAUAUUAAAGCAACUUGGGCUUCCUCAGCUGUGCAUACAUGACAUACCACAUCAAUGCAGUAUUUCAUGCUAAACCAAGUGUUGUUCAAAUAACUGUAAACCUCUCUUUAUUGGUCUUAUGCAAAAUUCAAAUUUUCUGACAAACUGGAUUUUAGUUUUCAGUAGCUGUAAGCCAUAAUAAUCUAACGUAAUAGACACGGAAGAUUGAAAUACUAUGGGAUAUGAAUAUGUAUGAGUUUUACUUUUUAUUUUUAAAUAUUACAGAAAUUAACUUUUUUAUGAUAUUCUGAUUUACGGAGAUGAAACUUGUGAACACCUGGAAAACAUUCUGGAACCAAAUAGAGGCAUGUCACAAUAGACAUGUAAUUACAUACAUACGUUUAUUCUUUUAAAGUUAGAAUUACACCUUGUUUUUCCUUUUUUUUUUUUAUUCUCAGUAAUGAGUAAAAGUCUACUGUGUGAAGAAAUACUGCAGUUUUAAAAAUGUUGAGCUGAAAACAUUUGGAUUUUAUUAUUCCUAUUACUGUGUAACACUACAGCUCCAAAGCCAUAGAUCGUACUUUGGGGAUAUUUAAGCAUUUAUAAUUCAAGUCUAUGUUGAGUGCGAACAUGCUGCAUUCAUCGUUACAGUGGAUUUAGAAAACCCUAUUAAAUCUUAAAAGUUAGAUUAUGGAUCAACAAACACUGAACUUUAUUAUUAUAUAUGUGUAUAUUGUACAUUGUAAAUAUGUAUAUUCUGUAAUGCAAAAACAAAACCAAAGAGCAAAGUGAACUGGAGUCAAAUUCCUUAUUUGUAUGUACGAACUUGGCAAUAAAGCUGAUUCUGAACACAUCAAAUAUCCAAAUGCAACUUUCCUUAAAUAGCUUUAGAAGCAAAUUAGUAUGUUUUUCAUGCUGGUCAUAAAAUUUGAAUGCAUUAUAAGGUUGUUAUUAUGCCUAAUUAGACUAUAAAUUUAGAUGACAAUUGAUUAUUAAUUAAAAUUGUCCAGCUUCCACUCAUUUUCAUAACUCUUGAAAAAUGAAACACAAAUACUAAUGAUACAACAAAAUCACACAGAAAGGACUGUUAUAAAAAAAAAAAAAAUUAUAAUUUAUUUGUGAUCAUGAUAGUACAAAAACAGUGCAACGUUAUGAGAAUCUGAAUAUCAAAUAAAAAGGAGGAGGUCCAAACACUUAACAAAAAAAAGAAAUAAAAUUCAAAGAGGUUUGAAACCUGAACUGUAGCUUGCAAAUUUACAAGCACUGGCUGGUUUUAACUCUGGGAGUGUCAAAGAUAUCCAACACGAUGGUCUAAAGUUCGAUUUGCGAACAUAUUUAUAUGAAAAAAGAAAUCUGCAAAGAUUUAAAGAAUACAGCUAGCUGCCUUAACAAAGUUUCAAUAGAAACUAAGGUUCACACU